AUGAAACUGCUCGGCCGGGUACCCUGGGACGCCAAUCUGCGCCACUACUCCGGCUACGACCAGGCCGAAAUCCUGCCAACUGCCCAGUUCAUGCUCGACUACAUCCUCCGCUCCGGGUGCAAGAACCUCGGCAUGGGCUUGGACCCCAACUUUGUCAUCCAGGCCAGCUACGAAGGCGGCAACGAACACGCCAACCUGUUCAAGAAAUAUGCCACCCGCAAAUUUUUCCGAGUGAGCGAGAUCGUCCGUGAUUGGGCUGUGGACCGAUACACCUUCGAGACCCCGACGGGCUACGAAUGUGACAAGCUCGAGGAAUGGAGCAGCUCGUCCAAGACGGCCAAGAAGCGGGCCACCACCGCCGGCGCCCAACGUGCCGCCCGCCGCAUCAUGAUGACCCUGACCUUUCCGACGAGCUCGAGGACGACGACUACUGAUGCCCCCGUCCCCUUAUUUAAUGAUUCUCACUUCCUUUUCUUCCACUUGCCUCCACACACUCUCAUCACCCAUCGUCGCUCUGCCGUCCUCACCCCCUCACCCUCAUAG